GUACAGAAGUCAAGUUUCACAUUGCUGUGUUGACAAACUGUCAUGGCUGACUGAGCACAGUCAAAGUCACAGUCACAGCACACCGCCUCGUCCUACACCUAUAGAGGGCCGAUUAUUGCUCAUUUUCAAAGCAUAAACAAAGAGCGUCCCUAGCAACCAGCCGUACCCACGAGUGUCAGCGGGACCACAACGAGCGACCGCGACCGGUAGAACACCUGAGCCAGUUCGACACACAGCUCCCCUCUGUAGUUGACAACGAAUGAGAGAGGCUAGGUGAUACGGCAAUGGCGGCCCCGGCUUAACGUGAUCAUGACUUCAAGUUAAGUUUGUUCAUCAUAAGAGCGGAAUUGAUAUAGCAAUGGCUUCUGUGCUAGAUUCACAAUGUGUCGACAUACUCCGCGGUCGGCUAGGGGAUCCGGGAUCCUCUCUUGUACCCAGACGGGGGGUUCGGCUCUAUCUCUGUUCAACGGGUUCAGAUUCCCAAACCGAGCGCAAUGCAUUUGUGGAAACAGUCUAUCCAAAGCUUCGACAGUAUUGCAGGAACCAAUAUGGCGUGGAAUUCCAGGUGGUUGACCUGGAGUGGGGACUUCGGCCUGACAUAGAUAACGUGACUCCUGUAUCAGCAGAAUUCCGACAAGGGGAGAUAACUCGAUGUCAGAAGCUUUCUGUUGGGCCGAGUUUCCUGGCAUUUGUUGGACAAAAGUAUGGCGCCUCUCCAUUACAUGCAACCAUUCCGGCUUCCGAAUAUGAAACUAUCCGAAUGGCUCUUCACAAUCACCGGAGUCGUGAGACCCGCGGCGCCCCCUUGCUUGACGAUUGGUAUAUCAGGGACGAUAAUCACAUUCCACCCGUCUACGUCCUGAAACCCGCUUCCGAGGUCAUAGACGAUAUCAGUAGUGAGGAUGAGAACAAGCGAUCGGCCGCCGAGUGUUUGAAGAAGGAGACAGAGGCCAAGAUAAGACGUCUAUUACAGAAGGGAGCAGAAUUCUGUUAUAGCGAAGGCUCAAUAGACAGUGACACUAAAAUAAAGUACUUCAUAUCAGAACAAGACAUUGAGAUGACCAUGGGCAUCUGCGACAGCGGUAAUCCCCAACAGCACUGUCUCCUUGUCCUAAGGGACAUCAUUGACCUCAAGAAUUACAUUGGAGAUGAGCGCACGCCAUGUUUUACCGACAUCAUCUGCAACGACAAGACUGACAAGCUGGAACUGGAUGCGGAGGCUGACCUGAAACUACAGCAAGUGAAGAAGCGAGCAAAGAAUCUAGUAUCCCAAAACAAUGCAAUUUGUUACGAUGUUUUGUGGCGGUAUGACGAUGUCAUCAACUCCAAGCUACACAGGAAAUAUCUCGAUGGGCUGUGUAACCAGGUUCAUGAUCGGUUGGUCCAGCUUAUUGACGAGACUGUUCCUAGAAGAAGAAUGGACUUUCCAGAGCUAUGUCUUGAACCAUUGCUCCAUCUAGAGCGAUGCAAGCAGCUCGGAGCUCACUUCUAUGGUAGACAGGACACGCUCUCGCAAGUCCAGGCAUACCUUGAAGAGGAAUCCUCAUUGCCUCUGAUCAUAUAUGGGGAAUCAGGAAGUGGCAAAACUAAACUUCUGUCAAGGAUUGCGCAAGAGAUUUCCAAUAUAUAUGGAGACGGUGGAACCUUGAUCAUCCGGUAUGUGGGCUUCACCCAGAUGAGCUCGGAUGUUCGACAAAUACUUUCAAGCAUCUGUUCUCAGUUGUGUGCCAUCAUAAACAGAGACCAGGCAAGCAUACCGUCAGACGUAAAGGACCUCCCUGUCUAUUUCCAGGAACUUCUUAACUCUGUUCCAAAUUAUCUCUCAGUUGUGAUACUCUUGGAUGCACUGGAGAAAAUUCUACCUGACAAUAAUGCAAACCUUAUGACAUGGUUUCCUGCAUCGUUGCCUGUAAAUGUCAAGAUGAUAAUAACAUGCCAACCAAGUUCUAACAAAAUCCUUGAGACGUUGAGAAGUGAUAUUGUUCAGGAUGACAGUGCAUAUAUGCAACUUGAUAACCUCAGUGGUGACGAGUGUGAAGGACUAAUGAAAGAAAUCCUAGCAGCGUCUGGAAGGCAAAUCACACAAGAACAAUACGAAACCUACAAGGAGUCGUUUACAAAAUGUUCUCUGCCUAUGUAUAUUCAUCUAUUGGCUGAAGAAGGGAAGACCCUUCACAGCUUCCUUGGGACAGACUCUAUUUCCAAGACUUCAGGAAUCUUGGAUGCUAUCAAUAUGUUUUUCAGCAAACUUGAAGCACGCCAUUGUAAAGUUUUUGUUUCCAGGUGCAUGGCUUUUAUGGCUGCUUCUGAGACAGGUCUUAGUGACUGUGAAAUGGAGGAUCUCCUUUCUUUGGAUGAGGAUGCUCUGAACAGCAUCUACACUGGCUACCACCCUGCAAUACGGCGGAUACCUCCUCAGAAGUGGCUGGAACUGAAACGCAAUCUGGAACAGUUCAUGACAUACAGAAAUACAGAUGAUGCAACGAUUUACAGUUGGAAUCAUGAUCUGUUCCUUCAGGUGUGCCAAGCAAGAUAUUUAUGUGAAGAAUCUGUCAAAAGGAAAACGCAUUCAGUCCUUGCAGAUUACUACCUAGGAACCUGGACUGAUACACCGAAACCAGUGACAAAAGCUGAAACCAAAAGUGACGUUAUCUUGCUUCCAUGCGGUGACACAUCUGACAGGAGAGUUCCAGCACAACCUUUGACAUUCACAAGCAAUGGGUCAGGUGUGAAAUUCAACAAAAGAAAGUAUGACAAGGUUCCUCGCCAUCUUGAUUUAUCAGGAAGAGCUGAUGAGUUCAAAACUCUAGUUCUCUUCAACUAUGAAUGGUUAUACAACAAGAUUAAAGCCCUGUCAUUGCAGCAUAUAAUGGCAGACUUUUCUCUUAGUCCUGCAUCAGAAGCCUCUCUUGUCGAAGGAGCAUUGCGUGUAUCUGAACCAACCCUACAAAGAGACAUCAACAAUCUCCCUGCAGAAAUCACUGGUCGCCUUCUGCCCUAUUACACAACACAUGCAAAUGUUCGAGAGCUUGUCAACCAGUGUGAUACAACCGGUCUGGACCACUGUGCCCUCAUACCCAAUUUUCCAUACCUGCAAGUUCCCGGUAGCUCUCUUCAAUUUACCAUGGAAUGCCCGGUGCCAAGUGAGUAUUUUGGCAUAACAAACAAAGACAGAUUCCUUUUGACAAAAGAGAGGGACAGUUCAUAUAUCUAUAUGUUUGAUCUUUUGAAUGGAGGAUUGAAAGACACAGUCUUUACUUCAAAUGGAGACUUUUUGGUCACACCAAAUGGAAAAUAUUUCGUCAUCGUCGAUCAUGUCACAGAAAAGGCAAUCAAGUUUCAUGAAGCAGAUACUGGAUCAUUCCUUGGACAAAUAAUUAUUCUGAAUCAUAUUCAGAUGAAACCCACUGAAACCUACAAGAAAGGACCGAUGUGUAUCACUGAUGACAGACUCUGUGCUAUAGUGACAACAGAUACCAGCUUUCUGUGUAUAGCAGAUGUGUCAUCUUGCAAAUUGUUGCAAAUCGUAGCUUUGGAUGGUAAAUCUACAAUAUGCGAAAUCUCCCCAGAUGGAAAAUAUGUCUUUUGCAGUUCAAAUGAAUACCUCCUGUCUUACGAUCUUGACUCGCUUGAUCUUCUGUGUACUCUAUCGGUCGGCUAUAAACCCAGUUCCUUCACUUUUAGCCAUGAUGGAUACAGAGCUUUUUUGUCCAAUGAUGUAGAAGCUAAACUGUACACACUGCACAUCAGUUUCGGUGUGGUGGACAUGAGCUACAAAGGAAUCCUUGAUGAAAUUCUGCAGGAUGACACAAUUCUUGAUCUAAAGGUAUCCCCAGAUGAUGAGCUUGUCCUUGUUCGUGGGAACAGGAUUCUACUCGUUCACGAUAGAGCUACUGAGAGUGUAUGUGCAAAACUUGAGAGACCCCGUGACAUCCCAGAAGAGUUCAGGCUACCAAAGAGUCACUACGUUGAACUGAACUUCACCAAAGCUGAAUUCUCUAGUGAUGGCAAAUAUGUCAUUGGUACCAUAUUCCGGAAUGUGUACAUUUGGCAGAUUGAAACACAAAGUGUUGUCACCAGCCUUCAGGCCCCUAUCGGAAUUAUCACAUCCCUUCUGGUUACCAAGCACAGAAACCAGGUAAUCACACAGCUCCAAGGACACAAGACCAUACAGGUGUGGAACAUAGAGGAAGCUGUUAACAAGGUGGAUAUGCUAGACAGAGUUACUGGCCCCAUCCAACAAGUUCUUUUGACGGAGGAUGGUUCUGUAGCAAUUGUUCAGUGUGAGGAGAGUGAUGCCAUAGGCAUGAUAGACAUGAAGACUGGAACAAUGCUUGAUCUCCUUACGCAUGACUCAGAUGUCAAGGAUAUGGCCAUCACACCAGCUGGGGAUUAUCUCUUACUCACAGUUGUCCCCCAAAUGAGUGAUACCUCAACGCGGAUCUGGGACAUGACUGACAGAAGGGUUAUAAAGGAGUUUGGCAAUGCUCCUGGAUACUGCGUUUGUCUAAAUGAGAAAAACAUCAUCAUCUUCGUUGGACAGAAAGACAUUACCUUCCGCGCCCCUUACUUCAUUACAGUAAUGCAGUUCGCAGCAGGAGCAUUUGCAGAAGAGGAGCAUGCGCAAGCAUUGAAAUUUGUUCUCAAGAAGCCCUUUGUAACAAGAAAUGAUCGUUACCUGGUUGCUCUGACUGCUAAGGACUAUCUUGAAAACUCAGGUGUGUAUGACACACCAACCAUAUGUAUCUUUGACUUGAACAAGGAUAUGAGACUUGCAUGCUACACGCUUGAGAGCCUAGGACUGGUGGAUAAUGAGGACAAUAUCAUAGACCUCAGACCAUGUCCUUGCAUGGAGAACUUGAUUGCGGUCAUUUACUCAACCAGCACUUCCCCUGAUGGCUGUCACAACGGUAUAGAGAAUGGGUAUCAGAAUAACCCAUCUCAUUUUGGCUUCAUCCUCUUUGAAGUCGGAAAUGGAUGGGUUAUCAGAAAGAUCGACCCCUUUCUAGACUCAACAGCUGAUAUCCAAGAUGUUCUGUUCGCAAAAGACUUCAAUUUCUGCUUGGACAAAGAAUCACGUAUAUUUGACCUCUGGAGUGGCGAAUACACUGACCAGAUUGCAAAUCCACCCUCAGUGCCUAAGGUCCUUGUAUUAGAUGGUUCUGUCGUAGUGUACUUUAAAGGAUCAAUGAUAUACGCAAUACGUAUUUGUGACAGUGAAAUCAUUGCCCAGUGUGAUGUCCAUGCACCAGUUUGCUCCUUGACACUAUGCAAGGAUGACAGAACUCUGAUUGUUGGUUGUACAGAUGGAGCCCUUGUCUCGUAUGUCCUCAUAGACCCAGCCGUAGAAAACCCUCAGCUUGUUCUGGCUAGAAUAAGCAGCAGACAGCUGCCCCAGUCUCCAACACCUGCUGUGGACGGAAAGACAUCACGAUCUUGGGAUAAAAUCGACCAGUUAAGCUUUCGCAGUUACUCCCGUCCACCUUCUGUGGUUAGCUUGGGCCCAAGGGAAAAGGAACUCCUGAAGAGGGUUCCACAUCUGCCGAGGGAACGACCCAAGUCUGACACACAGAUGUAUUCAAAGUCUGCUGUGUGUUCAGUAAUGUGAUGACAUUAAUGGAGAGUGACUUAACAUUUGACGGCAACAUACUUGAAAGCUAUGCAAGAGUCACUGAAUUCUGCAUGUGACCUGAAUCUCCCGCAGCGAUAUUGUUUGAAUAUUGCUAAAGGUGGCCUAAAACCAUACUCGCAUGAGUAAACUUUCUGUACAAUUUGUAAUAAGUUGAUUCACAAGCCCCCACCUGUUUUCGCAGGUUUCACUGAAGAGGUAAACGUCUAAGACAAACAUCAGCUUGGGCUUUUCUCCCACACUGUUGACAAGCCGUGGUCACAGUGACGUGAAACCGAACCCAUAGCGCAAUCUUUAAAGCACAUUUUGGCUAUCUAUCGAAAGUUGUGGAAGCCAUUAGAAUUAUGUUUGGAUAAACUAUUGAUAUACUGUAUAAGUUACUUCUCUGGAUAACAAAAAAUAAAUAUAUCAAUUCCUGGUCCAAGUGACCCAUGUAGGGAAAAAAGUGUUAAACAAGCCUUAAACAGUAAAUCAGAAAGAAAGAAAUACGUAGUGUAGAUAAUUUUAUUGGAUUGGGAAACACAACCAUCUUUGAUAAAUAUCACAAAUUCACAAACAAAUAUUAAACAAAUCAUGUUUCAUAACAAUGUAGGCAUGUGUACAUAACACUCACAGAUACCACGACACACACUAUGCAAUAUAUAUGCAAUGGUAAAUCGCAAUACAUGUAUUUCAUUGUUAUUUCACUGAAUUGCCACUUUAGUGUCCUUAUAAUCAGUAGAACAAAGUUAAUUUGAAAGUUUAUUACAUAUUAUCUCCAGGUAGCAUUAGAUGAAUGCACCUGGGUCCACUUGUACAAAACAAUCUUAGCGCUAAGCUAAUUUAAACUUCUAAUUUUUAACAUAAACCUUCAACAGUUGUAGCACUGAAAUCGGUUCAAUUGGACCCAGAACACGUUGUCAGUAUGUUGAUUUUAGGAGCGCUUUAUUGUAAUGAUGUUAUAACCCGUUUCUUACAAUAACAUGAUACAGCAAGAAAUAAUAUAUGUAUGCAAUCAUCAUUUAUACAGAUAGAUACUACUCACGAUACGAUGGAAGCAUAUCAAUCCAAGUGAAGGCGAAAGGCGCAACCAGUCUAAAAUGAAGGAUAUCUGAUGUAUUCUUAUGUAUUUAUAAAGCAAACUAUAAAUAUGUACAUACCUUUUGUGGCAGCUGUAAAUACAUGUCAAAUCUAUGUCAUUGAAAUCUUCGUCAGUCAAACUGAAGUUGAGCGCGUUGAGUUGAGUAUAUCAUUCGGCUCAAUCCCUCAAGUCAUCUCGGCCAGAUCUAUAACUCGGAAGAAUCCAUGUUUGUACUUGUUUCGUGCAUGUGCCUAUCUCUUGACACAAUUUACCCCUAAUUUUAAUCUUCAGACGUUUUGCUCAGAAUCAAAUGAUAUGCCCAAUUUAUAUAAACCUUUCAAUAAGCUGUUUGUAUUUUGGGAAAUAGCUUUACUGAGAUUACAGUGAAAUCAUGUAUCACUCCAGUAAUAUCUGAGGAAUUAUGUCGGCAGCAGAACACGAGCGCGCCUACACCAACAUGGGUUGCCUCCUAUUUUAUUCCGAAAACUCCUGUCUUGAUUUUAAUGACGCUUGAGCUGAUGAGCUGACAUUUGUGAUACCGAGGACGAUGUCUCAUGUUGUGAUACGGGUUAAGAGAACUGAUAUAGAAAUGUGAUGUUUGUAAGUUUUUUGGUGUGAUUUGUUAUAGUCAAAACAUUCUGUGAUACAUCGAUAGUGCUUUCAGUCAUAGGUUCCAUGACGCUACACCGUUCUCUUUUAUGCCUUGUUGUUUAUGAUUGAUACCUUUUAAAAAAUAAAUUUUAUCUAGAA